AUGUUUAUAUGUUGUAAAAGUAACAAGAAACCAAAACCUGCACAAAUUUAAACACAAACUCCUUCAUAAACUCAACCAAAAUAAACUAAAUAUUAAAUUAGAACAUCAAAUGAUUAAGAUCAACAUUCCACUAAUCUAACUAACAUAGAAGGAACUAAUGAUAAAACCAAUCUUAGUUCGUAAGAAUACGAUAAGUUUAUUUUAAACGACAAUAAAACCCUAGAACAAGAACGCGAUUUAGUCAUUAAAUUAAUUGAAUUUCCUGAUAAGACUCAUCUCAUUGAAUUUAACUGGGCUUUUGUAUAUACCAACUACAUCAAAGAUGCAGGAUUACAUCCUGGAGAAAUUAAAAACUAAACUCUAUAUGAAAAAAUUAAAAAUAAAGUAGAACUACAAAUAAAUAAAGAUUAUGUAUUGGUAAACGAUUAAGUUUGGAAUCUGUUGGUAAAUAUUUAUAAAGGUGGACCUAUGCUAACUAUAAAUGAUUUAGAUAGAAAAAGUGAAAUCAAUAUCUUAGACAAAUCUUUAAAAGUUUUCGCUUCACCUUCUAUGAAUGAUCUUGACAAAAAAUAAGUCAAAAUUAGAAACAUUAAACUCAUGCCAAUCAAAGAACUUUAAAUAGUUGGGUUAGAGAAUGAAAUCUACUUUUGUUAUCUGAAUAGUGUUUUAUAAUGUCUGAUGGGCAUUCCUCAAUUAAAUUAUCAUUUUCUACAUUCAUAUCAGUCUGAGUGUCAGCUCUUUAGUUAUGCUUAUGCGCUUUUGUUAAGAAAAGCAUCAAAAGUACAUUACAAAUCUCGUAUUGUGGCUAAAGAACUAAUUAAGGUACUUCAAAAACAUUUCUCAAUCUAUGAAAUGCAUGAUAGUUCAGAAUUAUUACUCUUUAUUUUGGAUAAAUUCAAAGAAGAAAUCUUAAAAAAUAAUUCUCCCUAACUUAAUACACCUUCAUAAGACUAAUUUAAAUAAUAUAUCACAUUCAUUGAUGAAUUAUUUCAUGGUUAACUUAAUUCAUUUAUUAAAUGUCCUAAAUGCGAUAAAACUAGUUAACAUCAGGAUCCAUUUUAUGAUUUAAGUUUACCUCUAGUGAAUAAGAAUUUUAUGUAGCGUAAACUUACCAUAUAAGAAUGCUUAAGUAACUAUUUCAAAGAAGAAAUGAUUGAAGGAGGAUGGACUUGCUCCUUUUGCAACUAGAAGUUUAAAAGCAUCAAACGACGUGUUAAAAUUACAUUUGCACCCAAUAUUCUAGUUUUGUAAUUAAAGCGCUUCCAAAGUUUCCCAUAAUAGAAAAAAAUAAAAGAACCAGUUAUUGCUGACAUGGAAUUAAAUAUUAAAAAGUAUAAUAAUAAAUUAUAGAUUUAGUUUUUGUGCACCAGAGAUUAUUGAAACUAAAUAUGAAUUGCAAGCUAUGAUUGUUCAUUCAGGAACUAUCGAUUAAGGCCAUUAUGUGGCUGUAGUCAAGCGCAAUCAGAAUGUAUGUUUAUCUUAAUGAAUUGUGAAGUUUUAUCUCUUUAAUGAUGAUGAAAUUGAGCGUCUCUCCCUCAACCAAAUCAAUAAAAUUGAAUCAGCU